UCGAUUUUAACUAUCGUUAUGAUCGAAUACAAUAAACCUUCAAGUCAUUCCGUCUGCGAAAGUUGUUUUCUCCGUUCAAAAUAUUCGGUUGAUAAAGCGUGGAAGCUAGGGUGGUGUCAGGUUUUAGUUGUUUUUGUUGAUAAAGGAAGACUUUAACCAUGCCUAUUGAUUUCUUAAGUUUUGCUUAUGCUGCUACCGUAGCAACUGGUGGCAUUGUGGGAUAUGCGAGAGCUGGUAGUGUACCUUCUUUGGGUGCUGGCUUAUUGUUUGGAAGUAUACUGUGUUAUGGAGCAUACCAAACAUCACAAAAUCCUAACAACUUUAUGUUGCUACUUGGUACCAGUGCUGCAUUAGGAGGUCUCAUGGGUUUCAGAUUUUAUAAUUCUGGGAAAUUUAUGCCUGCUGGACUAGUCACAAUUUUAAGUGUUGGAAUGGUUUUGAGGUUUGCAGCAAGAAGUGCUGGCCUUAUUCAGGCAAAACCGAUUGAGUAGAGACUUUUUCAUUCAUCUGUCUGUUCAGUUUAGUAAUGUGGAGAUAUAUUUAAUUCCAGUGAAAUAUAUAUAUGAGAUUUUCUACAUACACUUCCCUCAAAAUAAAAUAAGAAAUUUACUCUUA